AUGGUGCAACAGCGCAAAAUAGUGUGUCAGGAUUGUGGAAUGAAGUUUACAAGCUCUGAGCUCUUCAAGGCUCACCUGCACCAGCAUGCCCUGAAAGAGGAGGAAGAGGAAGAGGAGGAGGAAGAAGAAGCAGCUCAGACUGGAGACAACAGGAGUCCUACUGGGAGAGUUUUAGACCAGGGUGAGGAUGCAGAUUGGUGUGACAUGAGCAGUUCGUUGCAAACAAAACUUUCAGGCUUUACACAAGGCGAUGCAAUUGCCAAAACCUCUAUGAAGAACGAACUUCAAAAGGGUUAUACUUGCUUGGUCUGUGGUAAGGUUUAUACAUAUAUGGUUUCAUUCAGAAAGCACCAGCAGCUGCAUGAAAACCCAACUCCUGAACCAAAAAUGGGUUCAAGUCUGCACAAGUACGAGUGCUCAGAGUGUGGGAUGACGUUCAUCAGGCAAGCUCGGCUAAUUGGUCACAUGAGAAUUCACAACCCAGAAGAACCACUUGAACCCAACACUCCCAGAUGUGAUCAGUGUAACAGACACUUCCGUUCCAUAGAAGCAUGGAUGGCUCAUAUGGAUAACCAUAAGCAGAAACCAUUUUGGUGUUUAAGCUGUGCCAAAGGCUUCAGAGACGAAGAGUCACUUGAUAGACACCUGCAAAAUCACAAUCUGAAGAAAUUCGAGUGCAACAUUUGCAACAAAAGUUUCCGCAUGUCCUCUCAGCUUAGAAAUCACUAUAGCAUCCAUGGUGGAUCAAAGCCUUUCCAGUGUGCAUUCUGCGGGAUGAGCUUCUCCAAUCCCAAAAGUCUUGUUUCACAUCGAAAAAGGCAUCUCAGGGUUUAUGGCAUGUCCAGCAGUUUCAAGAGUUCUGCAAACAGAAUGAAGCAAAUGAUUAAAAGGAGAAGAUUUUUUCUCACUAGUGUUAAAGAGGAGCCAGAAAUGGAAAAGUGCGCUGAAAUGCCACCAGAAGUGGAAGAUAAUGUGACGACAAGUGAAACUCCAUGUGAGGAUGCUGAGUUUGAGGAUCAAGCUAAUUCCGACGAGUCAGAUUGUGGAGAACCCGUGCACCACUACAAGCUCUCAAAACUAACAGCUUUUCCUGGAUUGGAUCACCCUGAUGAAGUUAACACAGAAACUGUUCGACUAGAAACAGGAGCUGAGCUUGAUGGGAGUGAGACCCAAGAAACAAAGAUGCACAGAGAGCACAAGUAUUGGGAAUGGGAGUGUAUGGACUGUGAUAUGGGCUUUGAUGAUGUGGAAAAGCUGCAUCUGCAUUAUAUAAAACAUGCUACUGGAGAGCUGCCUAUACCACAGGGUUACAUUGAAGGAUGA